AUGCGUUACAGUCCUAACUUGACGACCGAAUUGACAGAGCGCAUGCUGACAGCGCGAUCAUUUUUAAUGCAGUACUACUACCAGCAUCCUCAACCACCUGAAAAGCAUCUUUUUUAUGCGGUGUGCGCUCUCGGCUGUCAAUUUAUGAACAAAACAAAAUCGAUGGAGGAAUAUGCGUUGGAGCGCAAAGUAGGACGACAUUUACGAGAAAAAGCCAUGGUAAAGGUCAAGGAGUUGGUCUUUCAGCGAUCCAGUAUCAGCGCGAUACAGACACUGCUUCUGAUGGCAAUGCUUGCACCGAACUCAGAUAGUGAAGGAACAUCGGCCAACUGGCAAUCCGCAUGCAUAUACUCUGAAUUUGUGGGACAAGAUUUCCGCGGCAGCAACUGGAAAACCGUUUAUGAUACUAUCCGCGAGGAAGAUUUCGAUGUCGAACUGUCAUCCGUCUAUGAAAGCGCGCCAGACAACUAUGACGACCAAGUUGGAGGAGAUCGGGCUGUCAUGGAUAAAUACUCGAGUGGUUGUAUCCCACAGUUACUGAUUGAGACUGAUGCAGAUAUUCGUGAGCAACGGCCUAUCUUCAAUUCACAUCUACAGAUUAUUCCUCUGGCACAGAUGAUUGGUCGUGUUCUCUUGUCUCUCUAUAUACCUACACAAAAGAUGGUUGCUGCCGUCUCUCCCGCUAAUAACUGGAAUGGUAUCGACAUUGAUGUAGUGAGCAAUUUGGAUACAGCACUCAUUACAUGGAGACAAGAAGCAGAUAUGAGAAAAACAGGGUUUCGAUAUGAAACCGGUAUGUAA